CACGGCAUUCAUUCGGCGACUGUACGUGCAUCGGUACGCAACCCGCAGCAGCAGCAGCAGCAGCAGCAAAACCCCGCAGAACGCAGGGGCACACAACGCGCACGCAACACCACGGGCUCUCCGGGUGCCACACGCGGGACGGAAGAGCAAAAAAAAAGUAACGUUUCGCGUCCGUCGUCGUCGUCGUCGCUUCUGCUUUCUCGCGCUUCGCCGUCGGCUGCCUUUGGCCCUGCCAGCCGGUCCAGCCGGUAUCUGUGUGUGUGUGUGUUUGUGUCUGUGUGUGCGCGCGCGCUGGCAUCCCACAGCUCUCCCAUCUCUUGCACUGUGCGUGUGUCCACCGGCCGCCCCCGGACGGCUACGUCCCUAUUGCCGCCAUACGCGCGCUCUUCCCACCGGUCUCGUCGGCAAACAGUGUGUGCUAAUGUAGUGCUUAAUAGCGUAUCCGUUCUCCAGCCAUUCGUGUGGCGGCAGUGACAGUUAGCAAUGGUAGGCUCCACCGACGCCGUCGCCAUCGUUGUCGUUGGUGCCACGCUCUACACCCGUUGAACACAUUCCUUUCGGUUCCAAUUCCAAUCGGUGGUUCCAAGCUUCCAAGUGGUGUGGUGGUGGAUUGUUUUUAGCUGUCAUAGCUUCUUGGUGUGUUUAAAGCAAAGAAAAACACGAUAAAGCUUCCUCUCUGGGGUGUGAAGCAGAGUGCACGUAAAUUGAUACCGAAAUUGGCGCCCCCAAAGCUGCCGCCACCCCGAACGGCGGGGGCCAACGCGAUCGAAAUGCAGCGCCGCGGGGGGCUAGUAGCACCUGCUGCAGUUUUAUCGCACCAGCAGCAGCAGCCGCCGUCGGCGCAGCCACAUCACCUGGGAAGGAGCGAACCAGGCGCCACCGGCCCGGUUUCGGCAUCGCAAAGCAAAGACAAUGCCGUCUCCUCCCGGCACCACGGGCCGCAUAUGAAGAAGUCGGCCAAUUCGUCCGCUGACACCGGCAGCAGUGGCGGUGGACCCGGUUCCGGCAAGCGAACGCACGGAAACAGCAAUAGCAACAGCAGUAACAGCAACACGAUGGGUAACACCCACCAGGACAAUGACCAUGCCGAUUCCAGCUCGAGCUCGAGCGACGAGAAGGAGGUUAGUGGCGGCGGCGGCGGCAGCAAGAAAGGAUCGGGCGAUAAGACGGGCGACGGGGCACACCAUCACGACGCGCACGACCAUCAUCACGGUGGCUCGUCGCGGGACGAUCCGCUAGCGCUGGGCCAUCAUCACGCGGCGGACGAUAAGCAGAAGGAUGGUUCGGGCAGUGGCGGUGCGGAUCAUGGGCCUGGCAGCGGUGGCAGCCUUUCCUCCACUUCCGGUGUACCGAAGCGACCCUUUUCCGAGCUUAACGAUGGCGGCGAUGACGGCGGCCCAACGAACGAGGAUGAGACGAAGCGCAAAAAGCGCAAAGAUGCUGACCCGCUGGGAGGGCUCGGUGGCGUCGGCAGUGGUGCGGGAAAGGAUACAGCUUCCUCCGGCAGCCUGUCCGGCGGGAAAUCGGGCACGGGUGGUAGCCGAGGCUCUACGCCCCGCCAGGAGAAGGGUGGCAAGGCGGCGGGCGGUGUAGUGUCGGCGAAAACGCUCGGACUGUCGGCGAAGGGUGCGCUGGAUCGGAAGAGUCCCUGCGCAAGCCCCAAACCGUCCCAGGGAGGUGUUGGCGCCGGGGGCGGAAGCAGUAUGGCAAGCGGGGCAGCGGCAGGUACAAACGUCACCGGUUCCGGUGGUUCUGCUGGAUCGAUCGGGGGGACGGCGGCCAGUGGAUCGACGGCCGCGGGCAAGGGUGGAUCGUCCGGUACGAGCAGCAGCAAUGACAGCGACGGGGAAAGCACCCUGAUGGGCGGCGCCGAGGACGGCGGCAAUGGGAAGGGGGGCGGUGAGGGUGGGUUUGGGGGUGGCUUCAGCGGUCCCAAGGUGCCGCCGCUCAAGAUCGUCAUUCCGCAGCAGAGCGCCGCCGGCGACGCGGAGGUCGGUGGCAACACGCGCAACGGGAAGAACGCGUCGACGCGCAACCAUGCCGCGCUGCCGUACGUGGUGGCGUCCUCGAACAGCAACGAUUCGACGGCGGACAAGGAAAGCACAUCGUCCCGCAGCGCUAGCCCGGCCGAUUCGAAAAGCUCGGACGAGAAAAAUCCCUCCCAGAGCGGCACCAGCAAGGAUGAGCGGACGCAGCAGCGUGUGUUGCGCAGCUCGCACCGUGGCGGCAAUAGCAACAGCUCCGCCAAGGAUGGUAACACGUCCGGUGUCGAUCGGUCGAACAAUUCGUCGCCGCAGAUGCAGCAGCAGGGCAACAGUGGUUCGCCCUCGCCGAUAUCCAGCGGCGGUUGUGAUGCGACGGAGCGGGGUGGUGGAGGAGGCACGUCCGGUGGUGCGAGUGAAGGAGGAGGUCGUUCGACGCAGACAAACAGUCCAGCGGGAGCGACAGCGACAGGAGAGGGUGACAAUGGUUCUUCGACCGGUGGCACGGGAACGGGCGGCAAUCCAAAAAGCCCCACCAACGUGACUGGUGCCACGGGAGGAACGGGGACGGGUAAUAGUGGAUCAAACGAUAGCUCCGCUGGAACCGGAACGGGCGGUGGAACAAAUGGAACCGGUUCAUCCUCCAACUCCACUGCCCGGGGCGAUGGAUCGGGUGGAGGAGCAUCGGGAGCGGCCUCAUCCGGUGGACAAUCGUCUGCAGGCGGCAAUGGAACAGGAUCGUCCGGCACGGGGCCGACACAAAACAACAACUCAUCCUCAUCGUCCUCCUCGUCCUCCUCUUCCUCCACCUCCGAAUCGUCCGUCCAUCCGCGCAAGCGGAAAAUCAAAACCAAUAAAGACCAAUCCGCCGCUACUGCCUCGUCCGGUGCGGCGGCCGGUAGCAAUGCGACCGGCACUGGCAGCAAUUCCGGCACCGCUCCCGCCGGUUCAGCGGGUUCCUCCGCUUCCUCAUCCUCCUCCUCCUCCUCCACCUCCGGGGCGGGUGCAACGGCGAGCGAGGACAAGAAGGAAGCGCGCGAAGAAACGCCCGACGUCCAUCCGCACGAUCAGCCGAUCACGAACUGCUACCAGAUGUAUCUGAACAUACGCAAGCAGAUCGAGCGGCGCCAGAAGAGCCUGUUCCCGGUGCAGCCGAAGCCGCCGCAGGGUUUCAAGGACUACCUGAUGAACCGGUGCACGUACGCGUUGGCCGGCAAAACGCCGACCGAACCGAACGUCCAGGUGCCGGCCACGCUGCCACCCUCGCUGAAGGAGAUGUUCCAGGCGCAGGAGAAGGAGCGCCACAAGCUGCGCAUGCAGCACAUCGUCGAGAAGGAGAAGCUGGUGCUGGCAGUCGAGCAGGAGAUACUGCGGGUGCACGGGCGGGCGGCCCGGGCACUCGCGAAUCAGUCGCUCCCGUUCUCCGUCUGCACCAUCCUGAAGGACGAGGAGGUGUACAACAUCAUCACGCCCGAGCAGGAAGAAAAGGAUCGGAACGCGCGCAGCCGGUACAACGGGCGACUGUUCCUGAGCUGGCUGCAGGACGUGGACGACAAGUGGGAGAAGAUCAAGGAGGCGAUGCUGCUGCGCCACCACAACGAGGCGGAAAGCUUGCACGCGGUGCAGAAGAUGGACUGGGAGUGGAAGAUGAAGGAGCAUCUGCUGUGCGAGUUUAAGGCGAAACCGUUCAUCGACGAGACGUACGUGCCGAUGGUGAACGUGAACGACGAUUUCGAUCUGCUGCCGGCGUAGAUAGAUAGGUGCGCCCAAGCGUUGCGCAUUUUCUGUUUUGCUUUUGCGGAACACCAGCGUGCGUUUUUUUUUUAUUUGCGCAGAAUUGCGCAUGGAGUGGAUGCAGACCGGUAAAGGAUGUAUUUCUUUUUUUAAUCACGUGGAAGACCGUAAGACGAUUGUUGGUGUAAAUAUAUGUACUUAGCAUGUAAUCAGAUACCGGAAUAAAAGUAUUAAAAUACAAACUA